UGUGUCUGUAUUAGCUGCCCACCCACCUGUAUGGGAAUAGCUUCCUGCGCAGUGUCUAAUUACCCUGUGUGGCGCAUGUGGCUGACAGCAACCUGGGGAGCAAGCUGUAUCUGAAAAGCUUGUGGGAGGUUGCCUUUCACAUGAACCUCGGUAAGGUUUGGGGUCCUUCAGAUAUGACCCCAUUAAGGGUGCUUUUGAUAACUCACUUCCAAAUACACCUUGUGGAUAUCCUCUUAGCCAUCAGCAGACAGAUUUGCAUGUAACUAUUUGCUGGUCUGCUUUGGUUUGGCUUUUUUUCAGUUCAAGGGAAGUUGGCGUGAAUUAUUAGUGCGUGAAAAAUACAAUGUAGAUAACCAUAUUCGUUAUCAACAAUUCCUUUAGUCUGGUAGCCUAUAACCAUAUUUCCCCCUUUCAUCACAUUAGAAGUGCCACCAACAGGCUGACACCGUUGCUGUAGCAACCAGUGGUACGUUUUCUCCUUUCAUACCGCCUGUAUGCGCGAAAAGACUGGGAAGUCGCAUGAGACAAGAAACAUUUUGAAACGGACGAAAUCAUCGUGUCAGACAGAUCUGUACCAGUUUGGGUAAGACAGACGGCUACUUGAACUAUCUGGGCUUGGCGGACCUUAGUGAAAAUAUUUUCAUUCCACCGGUGCUUAUCAAUAGGGUCUGGACACCUCUCCCACGGAACGCAUCCACGAGCGACGUCAAACGACAGCAUUAGGACAUAUCUUGAGAAUCAUGUUGACUGAAACUGAACAAAAAGCUUUUGCAUCCGCGCUCUGGAUGACGCAUGUGUUUACACCGAUAAAGAUCAUUUAUUGAUCUUUUUACAGACAACUAGGCUCUGCAAUUUGUUUCACCUUGAGCAUCUGCAACGGUAGACUGAUAGGCUACAAAUGCUUCUGAACCGUCGUGGCAAAGAGAGGCUACUCUUAUCCUAAAAUAACUUAUCAAUUGAUGGGGUGACAAGGCGUAAAAUAUGUAAGUGUACUGGCUACAUGGUAUCAUGAGUGAAUUGCAGAAAAGGCAACCUUCAUAAGAUCAGUUAAACGCAUAAUUGGAGCUUUUAAGUGACUUUUUAAAGAGUGAAAGUGGGAUGAGUGUCGCAACAGUUAUUCUUCAGAAGACAAGCCAUCAGCCGUCAUAAUUCCUUGACGACAUAGGAUUUUGAGAAUGAUUGCUCACGCAGCAGUCUCCAACCUGUCAGUUCUAUAGGAUACACCGAGCAGAACACAGAUGAUCAUUUAACCUUUCAUGGAAUAAUCAGAACUUUGAUCAGGUGUGGAACUGAAGGCAUUUGGAGAAAAAUUACUAGCAUCGGAAAAAAAAGAAGGAGGACAAUUUUAUGGAGACACAUAAAUUACACUGGUUAAGACACCAACUCCAGUCAGUCUGUCUGGGGCCUUCCUUUGUAGGGUGGAUUGAGGAAAUAUCUACUCAUCCAUCGAUUCCCCCUUGCCUUACAGAGAGCAUACAGCAGAGAGCAGCCCGUGAUUUAUAAUUUACCGCCAUAGACUCAUGGGUAUUCUAGUAAAGAGGGAUUUACAACCAUUAUACAGCAGGAGAGCCAAAUCUCAGUAUAAACUGAAACUUACUGACAGUGGUUAUUUAAAAGAUAAUAGUUUGUGAUACAUUGUUUAUUAGGGAAUUUUCCAUAAUGAUGUGCAAUAUCACCAGUUAGUACAACUUUUAUUUUCUCUCUUUGUUUGUAUAAUGCACAGUCUGCAUGUUAUACCAUAACACCACCACUAUCCUUUGAAUUCUAUAUCCUAAAUUUUGAGCAUAGAGUUUCAGUUCGGGAAAUUACGCUACUGAAAGACAUAACAAUGUGUCCUCAUGAUUAUUUUGUAUUUCAUAGAAACCUUACGGGUUACAACAAUUAACUAACAUUCUAAGUGCCAUUGUUGAAUGUAGGCAGUGCCAACAUAUGUGGUAACAAUCAAAUGAGCAUGUAUCAUAUUCCAAGUUUGUGUCUUCAAAAGUGUUUACAAAUGUGCUGUGGUCUUAAAUCAAACACUUUUUUUGUAAGUGCCGAAACCUUCCAGAUCUGUUGAAGAGUCAAGUUUACAAUAAUCAAUAUAGCUACCAUUUGCAUUCCCAUUGAAUCUCCACUUAUUUUGUGAGCCCCCUUAAGCUGGUCUGGUGGUCUGUAAAAGGAUCACAAUUUGAGUGCUUCUCUCAAAUAUUUAACUUUUGACUUUAAAACCCUUCAGCAUUAUCCACUCAGGACUGUUGGUACAGCCAGCCUUAUGUAAGAGAAUGCCUAGACUGGCUAGCCAUAUUAAAAGGUUUGCAUACAGAUCUUUCCAGUUGAAAACACGCCUCUGUUAUUUUGAUAAGAAACGAUAAAAAGAAGUUGUUUACAUUUUUCUUACAUCCAAACAGUGUUGGAAUUUAUACUGAAGCAAAGUAAGGGCAAAGGAUACCGAUUCUUGUUAAUAGUCAUAGAAUAUUCUAGCAUUUUGACGUUUUUGAUGUGUGAGGAUUUUUACUCUGCCCAGUUGCCAUAACACGGCUCAGGUUGCUCAGUUCCAUCCAGUACAAAAGAUUCCCAAAGCCAAACUGAAUAAGGACACAUUUAAAAGAUCUCUGUUGUCACGUCUAUGGGAGUGGACAUGUACAUACGUUCAAUUAUUGUAACGACAUAGCCCUCCUGCCUUUGGCACUUCUUAGGCAUUCUUGUCUUACAGUCAGCCAUCUGCUCUUUAUACUCGUUUCACGCACCUAGUUUUAUCUAAUGUUUUAUGCCUGGGAUUUUAAUAUUUGAAAUGCCAUUUUGAGCCGGCUCAUUUUAAAAGAGGACGCCACAUUGUACUGUGUUGACUCAACCAUAGAAAAUAGAUGUCUUAGUCAUGUAAAGAUGGUGCCCACCUCCAUGCUCAGAGUGCGUGUCAUCUCCCUGCUCCUUUUAAUCGCUGCCCCACUUAAUACUGCAGCAGCGAGCAUCACAGACCCCCCCAGGCUUGAGCGUACUCAGGGGGGCGACACAGACUCUUUCAGACCCAAACGAACCCAGGGGGGGUUUACCGAAAACCCCGCCACCAGUGACAGACAAACCGCCCUGGGAUGGCCUCCCCUGAGCGGCCGGUCAAAGGCACGUGCCCUGACACCAAACAGUAAGCCAAAAUCUUCACUCAAAGGUUUGGAGACCCCACCAAAACCUCAGCCACAGAUCAUGGCCCCGCCAAACGCCACAGAGCACUUAGCAGCCCAGAUGGCGCCUCCGGGGGAGGCAGACCUGUGCCGAGGUUACUAUGAUGUGAUGGGCCAGUAUGACUUCACCUUCAACUGCACAAAGGAUGACUUCAUCUAUUGCUGUGGCACAUGUCACUACCGCUUCUGCUGUAACGACAACAACCGGCGACUGAACCAGGACCAGUGCAACAACUACAACUCGCCUGUCUGGGCCAAGGUCUCCACCACCCCCCCAUCCUCCCCUGACCCCGGCCCUGGCCCUGGUUCCAUCCGCCUGCAGCAGCAGGGCAACAACACCGUUUACGUGAUCGGGGGAGUCAUCUCCUUCACUGUUGCUGUGGCAGUGGCCAUAAAGGUGGCUUUCCACAAAACCUCACGGCAACCCAGAAACAAUGAGCUCAAUAUGCCCAGAGCCCUGGUAGACAUGCUGCGUCACCAGUCCAGCCCCGUUGAACAGGGAGAGAGGAACAACAGUGUGGCCCUUGCCAGCUCAGGAGGAGGUGAGGGGACCUUGGGUCGCCCACCAAAAAAUCUCUAUCCAACUCUGCAGAACAAAGACAACAGAUUGGGGAACUUGCAGCACAAUUAUAUCCAUACAUCAGGGUCCAGUCCAAAACAUACAGCCACAAUUGAACGAGCACCCCGUAUGAACAACAUGCAGAUUGCCACAGGAGGCACCCUGAAGCCAAACAAACACAACAACACUAUGAUUACCCAGCCUUCCUUCCACCAUUCUCUGCACAACCUUGCCCAGCUUCCCCCAUCCUAUGAGUCUGCCAUGAAACCAGAGCUCAACAGAUACAGCUCUCUCAAACGCCUGGAGAAAGAUCGGGAGGACUACUCGGGUUACUGCACCGCCAAACGUCGGCCCAACAAUGCCCAACCUCAACCAACUUUUCAUUCGUCUCAGAGUCACUUGCAGUGGGGAGGUGACUAUACUUUGGGAGGUCGGGGGACACUCCCCAACAGACCCAGGAGACACCCUCAGUCAGCUCCUACUCCCACCCCUAACCCCUAUCCUCUUCCCCUGGCUCCUCGAGCUGAGUAUCAGUAUCACAACCCCAACUAUGAUACCCUAUCGAAGCCGCCUAGACGGGUCAAAUCCACUGAUCAGCUUCUGGCAAUGGCAGAUGCCGCUACUUUAUCCAGGCUCUCCAAGAACCAGCAGCACCAGUACUACAAGGCCAUGGCUGCUGCUACUGCUGCUGCUUCAGCGAAAAACUCCAAUAACCACAACACCUUGAGAAAGUCCAAUGAUCGGAUGCUAAUGUCACCUGACCACCUGGAGGAGAGUAUGGGGCCGGGAGGGAUGGGAGUGAGUGAUUAUGGGGGAGGAGGGAUGGGCAUGUCUGAUUAUGGUGGGGGUAGUGGAAUGGGUGGGCCUGAUUAUGGAGGAGGUGGAGGAGGUGGAGGGAUGGGGGUGUCUGACUACGGAGGGGCUGGGGGGAGGGUCCCCACUCUGCCCCGCAUCAAUCAGCAACACCAGAAGGCCCAGUCACAGCAGAAUGUGUGUGCCACACCCUCUCUCGACCGGCAUCACAUGAUCAAGAUGAACUCCCACCCAACCUCAGGGCGGGAGCGGGAGCGGGAGCGGGAGCAGGAGCGCACCACACCUACCGGAUCCGGCCACUUGGGAGGGAGCGGGGGAGCAGGGGUAGGGUGGGGGGAUAUGCCAGGCACAGGGGUGGUGAUGGGGACGGGGACAUUAGGGGGGCACAGCGCCAGGAGGUUAGCAUUUGCUGCUAAAAGACAGAAUACUAUAGAGCAGUUACACUUCAUCCCUGGAGGGGGAGGAAGUGGGAGUGGGGGAGCUGGUUCAGGAUCUCAGGGAGUGAGAACAGGAAGUAAGAAUGAAGUUACAGUGUGAACAUUAAAGAUUGUUUGAGGAAAGUUCAGAGAGCAGGAAAUAAUAAAAGAAUUAAGGUUUGUCGUGGGAGAUGAUGAGUGAAAGUGUAAAUAUAGUUAAACUCCUCAAAGUAGUCAUUUUGCGUUUAAAUUACCAUGGUAAACUUUGAGGAAAAAAACUUUAUACUUAUAUAUAUGUGUGUAUAUAUAUACAAGUACAUAUUUGUUUGAUAUCAGUCAUACUUGCGUCAGCUUGCUAUAUAUGCUUGUGUCUCAUGAUCCAUUAAAUCGAAGAAAAGAAACAAAGACAAAUAGGACAGUCUAGGACAGUAUUCAGUUUAUUAGGUCUCUUUCAAAUCUAAUAUAUGUUACAGUUUACUGCUUUGAUGUUUAAGGUUAAAUCCUUUUGAGCCAUAAAAGUGUGAGGAAAACAUAACAGAAAUGGAAGUCUGAGUGAGAGAAGGUGACAUGGAAACUGUGAUAGGACAUGGACUAUUUGUGUUACAGAAUCCUGUAGGACCAAAGGGAAUAGCCUAUUUUUGGACUGUAGCUGCUAUGACACAAAGACAUUUAAGGAAGACCUUUGUUGAUUAAGUUAAAUGAGACUUCAACAUUGUAGUGUUAUGUCACUCAAAUUAACUUUUUUAUAUUUUGUGAAAUCUAACACUGCCACAUGCAAAAGAAUGAUGUUCAUUCCCCGUAAUAAUUGGCCGGUUGCAGAUUUCACUAAUUUACUAUCCAAUAACAGAAUGUGUGACUGUUCCUAGUAUAAAGCACAUUCAUUAUGUCUGGAUAGAGACUAGCAGACCCGUGUGGUAACAACGAUUUACAUUUUUGAAGUCUGGACAAUUUGAAUGACUCAGUUAUUGGAUUGAUGCCUGCUUGACCCCUUUGCCAUGAAUGUUAAUUGUAGUAACAAGUUCUUUGUAGAUUGUCUCUUUUUUUUCUUCAUUUUAGACAACUCAGUGGGAAAUAUUAGAUGUUUCUAUUUUGUGGUUUUGACAGUGCAAGUGGCUGUACAUCCUAUACAACACUCUCUGCCAGUGGAACAGUGGCAUGCCAGUCACCUUUUUUCUACCAUUGCUCAGACCAUUCAAAAUGAAUGAACAGACUGGAUGUGAUUAUCACUCAAACAAAGCCAUUCUAAGACAUGACUGGGCUGACAUUCUCAAACAACCAAGAAAGUGUCUGACAAUCAUCUCUGUCUUGUGGUGGAUAUGGACUCAUGAACAGUAUGUGGCACUGAGACCAUAAUGGCCACGCCAACACCAACAUCAUGUAUGUAUGCAGGGAUUUGACAAGAAAGUGCUGCAUAUAUGAAAUUCAUUUCUUUUAAUAUCUAAGGACGUCUACUUAUUGUCCUGGAAAUCCUCUGUGUACGCCAACUUUCAUUUUGACCAAAUUCAGCUGCACAGAGUAUUUCCACAAAAGCACAGGAGAGUUCCUGUGCGUGUGAAGUCAGUAGUCAGGAAAGGAAACGGUGUAAUGAGAGUGGAAAGUUUACUAAAUGAAUCUGAACUUUCUUGAAUAGUAAUAUAGGGUACACAGUAACCUCUAGGAUUUGAGUAGUUUGACUCAACUGAUAUAGCCAUGAGCAACUCUUGUGAAGGGCACUGUCACUUUGAGAAGAUAAUCUGUUGCUCCAAGAAACUGUUGCCUCUAAAUGCUGAUGUAGAAUCAGGUUUUCUUUCAUCCCUAUAUGUAUUGGUCAUAAUCAUUAUUAGAUAAGGUGGAAAACCUAUCCAAGAUCUUAAAGUAGGGACAACACACCAGUUGUCUUUGUAGAUGUAGACAACAUAUUUCAGUCAUGUAGGAAUGAAAUAUCAUAAUCCAUGACUUUCAAUAAUAACGCUUAUACACAUAAGGGCUAUUCAACAUGUGUUUGUGGUAUGUGCUCUACCUGAUUUUACCUUCUUUAUUAUUUUGUGUGUUAUUAUUAUCAUUAUUAUUAUAGAACAGUAGUUUAACUAUGUUGAAGACAACAGGAAGACGGUAAGGCACACAUUUCUCUUUGUAGAGGAGAUGUGGAUAUACAUGUCAACAUCUACCCCAUAGAGACUAAAUGUUUGUGUGGUGAAUAUAUAUUUCACGAAAGCACAAUGUUCAAAAGGAUAUGCUUUCAUAUGGAGGGGUUUGUGCUAAGCCAGAGAGAUACAAUUUAUGGAAAACUGGAAAAACUAAAUUAUAAACAAGCAUAAAUUAACCAAGAAAACUUUUGACAGUGCUAAUCAACUGCAAGAUUUCUCUAUUCCAUCAAGCAUAUGGAAAAAUGAAUGAUGAUGGACUGUAAAUGAAUCUUUCAGACAAUCUUCCUACACACUAUAAUAUGUAAGUGUUUGUCAUUGUCAUUAUUAUGACAGUUAUUACUAUAUAAUUACUGGUAGUAUUAUUACUGUUAUGAUUAUGGAGUAUAAUAUAUUUAAUGAUGGUGAUGUUUUUUUCUUCUGUGAAGUGUUACUGUAUUUUUUAAAAGUAUCUACCUUUCUCAUGAAUGUUGAAACAAUUCAUUGUAGAAAGCGGAAGCACAACUAAGGAGAUAUUAAUUUAUAGCCGGUUGUAUUUGCCAUUUUUAUUACAUCGAAUGCGUUGAGAAAUGCCCAAUAUGAUGUCACUUAACAAUGUUUAAAGGCUUGCUGAUGUCACAACCCAGUGUGAGAUAUCACAGUGGGAUUAAGUAUCACGUCACUGCCAUAGGUUUUACAGAGGACAUAUCUGUUCUAUUGCUAUGGUCACAGUAUGUGCAUAUGUUGUGUGUGUACUGAAUGUCUCAUUAUAGAUAGGAUUUUAAGUAUUUGAAUGUUACUUUCAGGGAAUAUAAAGACAGCUAAAACAAGUUAAGCAUUUUCUUUCAGAUGUAAAAGGGUUUGUAGCAAUGUCUGCUCUGUCUUGUAUCCAUAAGCCAUACAGUUAAACUAUUUAUUUGACGAAACAUCAGUUAGGAAUGAUGUGUGCAACACAGGCCUAUUACAUUUUGUAUUAUUGAUACAAAGAGUAGUCAGAGGGCCAUUUGGCUAUUUGUGACCUCUAAAUAAAGAGAGAUCUUGGUAAACUUUUAUUUUGAAUGCAUAGAUGUAGUAAAUAUAGCCUGAUCUGAAAUCACAGUUAGAAUGUGAGAAAAGCUAGUGUACUCAAUUGUGCAAUCAAGGAAAUAUCUGAUCCCUGUCUAUAAAAGAAUAACCUGCCCUAUGUUCUUCUAUGACUUGUCCUAACCCUUUUGGAUAUCAGUGUGAACAAGAUGUAAUAUUAUUUGUAGAAAUAAAAUGCAGCAAAUUUAAA